AUGGCCUCUCAAAAUAUGGACCCUGCAGCAGCCUCAUCCACAGCAGCUCUGAAAGGCAAUGAGACCGGUGGGAGUGCAGCAAAGGGCUCAGUCACGAAAAGGUUUGUGACAUUAGUUUUGGUCAUCUAGAUUGAAUCCCUUUUUACUGUUCUGUAAUCUGAUUGGUGCCACUAUUUGGGCAUAGGCUAGUCGGUAUACAAAGUUUUGGCAUCAUUUCUAAGUCUUUUCUUUACAUCCUAGACUUCAACAAGAACUGAUGACACUAAUGGUAAGUGUUCCCCAUAUAGGGCCAUCUCUUUUUAAUCACAAUUGGCGAUAUCAAUAUCUGUCAACAUGUCUUUUGUAAAAUUGCUAUUUCCUUUAGAUCUGAAGUUUUAUUUCUUGCUCAUGUCAUGUAGAUGUCUGGAGAUAAAGGGAUCUCCGCUUUCCCGGAGUCUGACAACCUUUUUAAGUGGAUUGGAACAAUAGACGGAGCUCAGGGAACAGUAAGUCAUGUUUUCUUUCUACUCAUCAUGAAAGUGCAGCCUCAGCAGUUCCUCAGAUUGUAAGAACAGUAACCCUACCACAUGAACGUGGCCAACAAGGUCUACUGCAAAGCACCUUUGAACAUUGAAACACUUGCCGUGAAAUGCUUUUGCACACAAACAGUAUAGCAAGGAAUGUGUUGGUGGCAUUACAUUUUUUUUAUCUUCCAUCGCUCAUUCUCAUAGGUUUACGAAGGCCUGAGGUACAAGCUAUCGUUAGAGUUCCCCAGUGGCUACCCUUACAAAGCCCCCCGAGUUAAGUUCAUCACGCCAUGUUUCCACCCCAAUGUCGACGAUCAGGGCUUCAUCUGUCUGGAUAUCUUGAAAGACAAAUGGUCAGCCCUAUAUGACGUGCGGUCCAUCCUUCUGUCCAUCCAGAGUUUAUUAGGA